AUGGUAUGUGAAGUUGUAAUAUUUUCAAUUUCUUUUCAAAUUUUCCCUCUGCUACUCUCCAGCCCUGUUCUUCUUCUUCCAUACCCUCGCUCCCGAAACUGCUGCUCUCCAGAAAAUUACAAGCCAUAUGAAGAGAAGGAAUGGUAUUUCUUUACACCAAGAGAUCGAAAGUAUAAGAAUGGGAAGCGGCCAAAUCGAGCUGCAGGUGAUGGAUACUGGAAGGUUACCGGUACUAAUAAGACUGUGAGAUUUAUGGGUGCCGAUGUUGGCUUUAGAACCGCAUUAGUAUUCUACAAAGGAAUACCUCCCAAAGGUGAAAAAACCAACUGGAUUACGCAUGAAUAUCAAUUACCAAACAAUCAUCCUAAGGCUCCAACUGUUGGAAAUGAAAUGAGGGCAGGUUACCUGAUAUGGGUUUUAUCUGAUCGGAAUUUGGAUUUGAGUUCAUCUGCAAUCUAUGAUUUUGUUUUAUCUGCUCGAAAUUUGGAUUUGAAUUCAUCUGCAAUCUAUGAUUUUGUCGGCCAAAGUGGCGUUCUUGAAUUUAUACAUUUGGAAACCUAUAUUGGGAAGAUGAUUGUCCUUUUUCAUAUUAUUAGCCUGUAG